GCGAGCGUGGAAAUGACUCUUUGUCUUUGUUCCUCGUGUUCCAGAGCGCCGCAAGCAGGACAACACCGCCGGCGCCAUGGUGGACGCGACUUCAGGGGCCAACAACCAUGCGAACCAGAGACAGAAUGGUUCUGCCAGCAGGCCGAGCGAUGGCGCGGCCGGCCAGGUGCUCGCUGUCCUCGUGCUCGUCCUGGAGACCCUCUGGCUGCAGGUGCGCAUCUGGGCGGAGGUGGUCCGCGGCGUGUACCUGACGCUCGUGCCGCCGGCGGAGAAGUCGGUGGCGGGCGAGGUGGUCCUGGUGACGGGCGCGGGACACGGCAUCGGCCGCGAGAUCGCGCUGCGGUACGCUGCGCUCGGCUCCACCGUCGUGUGCAUGGACAUCAACGAGAAGGGCGCCGCCGAGACCGUCUUGGAGAUCAAGGCGCUUGGGGGCGCUAAGGCCGCUUCCUACAAGUGCGACGUGUCCAACCGGGAUGAGGUCCUCGCAGUCGCCAAGACCAUCACGCAGGAGGUCGGCCCCGUGACUGUGCUCGUGAACAACGCCGGCAUCAUGCCCACCAAGCCCUUCCUGGAGCACAGCGCCGAGGAGAUGAAGAGGAUCUUCGACAUUAACAUGCUGGCUCACUUCUGGGUACGUUUCCCUAGUUUGUUCACAAUCAUCCCCCUUUGGAACGGGCCGGUGGAGGCAUCGUCGCGAGGCUUGCUCAACUCCCAAAAAAUAGUGUAACUCCCUGGGAAAGAAAAUCAGGAGAAAAAAA